GUCAAUUUAGACUCUUCUUUAACUUCAAUUGCCAUCAACAGCAAGCUUCAUAACUCUGCCAUUUUGCUCCUUUCAUCCAUCACAGAUUCUGCUUUGCUUCUUCCUGCAUACUCACCACUCACUAUACUACUCAUCCGCCCCCACUAAUUUUUUUUCUCUACUUUUUUCUCCCUGCAGAGACAACUUCUGCUCCCUCACUAACGAUGUUGGACCAAAUGGCGAACGAAAUCAAGCUCAUAUCUGGGAGCUCCCACCCAGAGCUCAGUGCUCUGGUCGCUAAUCGACUUGGCAUCAGCAUCGCCAAUACCAUGAGCCUCAACUACUCCAACCAAGAGACUAGUGUGUCGAUUGGCGAGUCUGUUAGAGAUGAAGAUGUCUUUAUUCUUCAGUCGACAGCGCCUGGCGAUGUCAACGAUGGCCUGAUGGAACUGCUCAUCAUGAUUCACGCCUGCCGCACUGCGUCGGCUAGACGUAUCACAGCCGUCAUCCCCAACUUCCCCUAUGCACGACAGGACAAGAAAGACAAGUCCCGUGCUCCCAUCAGCGCUAGGCUGAUAGCAAACAUGCUGCAAGUUUCAGGAUGCAACCAUGUCAUUACUAUGGACCUGCAUGCCUCGCAGAUCCAGGGCUUUUUCAAUGUCCCCGUAGAUAACUUGUAUGCCGAGCCAUCGGUCUUGCGAUGGAUUCGUGAGAACCUGGAUGCCGAAAGCUGCAUCAUCGUCUCUCCUGAUGCCGGCGGUGCGAAGCGUGCCACAUCGAUUGCUGAUCGUCUCAACACUGGCUUUGCUCUGAUCCACAAGGAGCGCCCAAGACCCAAUGUUGUUGGUCGAAUGGUGCUCGUCGGCGAUGUUCAGGAUAAGGUCGCCAUCCUUGUGGACGAUAUGGCAGACACUUGCGGAACUCUCGCAAAGGCGGCAGAGACCCUCAACCAGCACGGCGCGCGUCAAGUGUUUGCCAUUGUCACACACGGUAUCCUCAGUGGCAAGGCUAUUGAGACUAUUAACAACUCCUGCUUAUCUGGCCUUGUUGUCACCAACACUGUUCCUCUUGGCGAUAAAACUGAGCGAUGCCCUAAAAUCAAGGUCAUUGACGUAGCUGGCACGCUUGCCGAGGCCAUUCGACGAACCCACAAUGGCGAAUCGGUAUCAUAUCUCUUUACGAAUGUUCCUGUUUAAUGUAAAGUUUCUUUAAAACGUUGUUUUACUUGAUUUAAAAUUUUGGCUGCGUGGUUUGGUUAGGCUUUGGUUAGAUACUGUGCCAGCCGAUACUUGGGAUAACUGGGUGUGACGAAAUUUCCUUUAAAAACUCUUCAAAUUGUCGAGAUUAGCAUAGAAUGCUUUCCCCAAAAACAUAGUUACUGGCAACUCAGAUCACAGAUCAUGUGCGGCCCCUUGUCACUAUUUAAAGUGCUUUUGACAAGUACU